AUGGACUUUCAGAAACCAUCAGUAUAUGAUAGCCGUGUUGAAACGCCGUUCAAACGAAACUCAAUGAAACGUCGUCUUAUAUGCGGAAAUGACAGCAACAAGACUGGUGCUUUUGGGUCGAGCAGUCAUGAUAAGAAACGUAAGAAACGCAAGGAACCGCGACCACAUCCAUCCUAUCGUCUCAACAAGCGAUACUGGGAUGAUAUCCGAGCAGGACGACGUUCUCAUGAUGCGAUCGCAUCACCAUCGUCGGCCCGAAUCCCAUCGAACUCUCCCACUUCACCUCAGUCGAACUCUCCAAAGAAUCAGCCAAAAUCCAAACCAAUUCCUUCAGCAAUUGCACCGUCGUCGUCAAUGUCAUUCACGUCAAUCCCCACUCAAAUGGCCCUGUCCUUUCCCUUAAUCGGCACAUACGCAACACCAUCUGCUGCAUUCCUACAGCCCACUCAACCGCCAUCAAAUUUCGACAAUGCUCAUUGCUUAAUACCACAGUUACCAUCCUGCUCAUUCGCAUCAUUCCCAUCAAACCAUGUCAUGCUCAGCUCACCAACUGUAUCUGGUCUACGAAAUGGAGUGGAACCAAAAUUUGAACCUGAUGAUACACAAAUCGACGUUAUUUCAUACGAUGAACAUAAUAUCACUUCAACCCCAAAUACAUCGGCAACAAUACAACACCCACUGGAAUUCAUUACAGAAUCGACUAGCCUUAACCUACUUACUGAUGAUAUGCUUCAAACGAAACAGCACAGAAAGCUUUCGCCAGCAGCAUUAUCAUCCUCGUCAAAAAGCGAUCAAAUUGUCGAUGAAAUCGCAGAUCAAAUCUUGAUCGACAAAAUAAAUGAGAGUAAAUAUCUCACUGGUAAAGGGGAUCUUCGAAUGAGAAAUGCGGAUCAACUCAAGCAAAACGAUAUCUCGAAGAUAACAUCAAUCAUCCCGAUACCUUUCCCUGUGCCAAUCUUAGUGCCACUAAGCGAAACGUUUAUUUUAAAAUAUUUCAAACGUGUUAUCUGA